AUGUAUCGAUCCGUCAUUGCCAGGCAGGCCCGUGUCGGAGCGGGUUCGAGCCUCCGCUUGUUCAGCACCAGUCAAAUUGUGAGGAAGAGUCCUGUGGAGACAGCGAAGGAUGCCGCGAAGAAGGUUGAUAGGACGAUUUCGGAUGCGGCUGUCAAGGGAAUUGAGAAGGGCGAGCAAGCCGCCCAAACCAUCAAAGAAAGCAUCCCAAACACCUCGGGCGAAGCCAAAGGCAAGGCCUCGGAGCUGACGGGUGAGGCGAAAGGCAAAGCCUCCGAGCUAACAGGGGAGGCGAAGGGCAAAGCCCAGGAGAUUAAGAGUGAAGUCAAGUCGAAGGUCUAA